CUCCGUUGGUUAGGUGCGGAGCUAAUGCCGUCAGGGGGCGGACCCUGCGGGGCGAGGCGGGCUGCGCAUUCGAGCGCCGGCUCCGGCUAGUCUGGGUGGGGGCGGCUUGUGGAGAAAGCCGGAAGCAGCGACAGCCUCAGCUCCGGAGACAUGGCGGGCGUUAAAGCUCUUGUGGCACUAUCCUUCAGCGGGGCAAUUGGGCUGACUUUUCUUAUGCUGGGAUGUGCCUUGGAGGACUAUGGUGUUUACUGGCCCUUGUUCGUCUUGAUUUUCUACGUCAUCUCCCCUAUCCCCUACUUCAUCGCCAAAAGGGUCACGUAUGACUCUGAUGCGACCAGCAGUGCCUGUCGGGAACUGGCGUAUUUCUUCACCACUGGGAUUGUUGUGUCUGCCUUUGGAUUUCCUGUUAUUCUUGCUCGAGUGGCUGUGAUCAAGUGGGGCGCCUGUGGUCUUGUGCUGGCCGGCAACGCUGUCAUUUUCCUCACAAUUCAAGGCUUUUUCCUCGUCUUUGGAAGAGGAGAUGAUUUCAGUUGGGAACAGUGGUAGCACUUCAUUCUGAUGGAAAGCAUUGAGUUUCUUAGAAUUUGUACUUGUACGUAUAUGUGUGCGCAUGUGGUGUUUUCUUACAGAUUUUAAUAUGCUGAGUUUUUUAUACCUUUAUAUCACGAUCAUC